AUCAACUUUUACUUUAAUUUUAGCGUGUAUCAACUUUUACUUUAAUUUUAGUGUGUAUAAUAUGUUGAAGAAAAGAACAACUUAAUAAAUAUAUGAGCAACGAAAAAAAAGAGCUUGGCCGCGUCUCAAAGCAGCUUAUAGAGUUGGAGCAUGAAUGCUUAGAACUUAAGAAGGAAAGAAACAAAGAGGACAAACCUGUAGAUUCAAGGAAUGAAGCCCAAGUUGCCCAAUUUCAAAGCUUGAAGACUGUAAGGUUCUGUAAGGCUGCUGCAGUUCAGGCAGAUCUACAUACUUGUCUUGAUCUUUCUAAGAAGUUGCAGGGCAUCUGGGCCCCUCCAAGCGACAACUUUGGAAGAAGUAUGAUGUCAAAGUUGUUUGUAGAUUGUCCAUCAGAUUUUAAUGCUCUUUUUGGGUUCAUGAGUGUGGAUUCGUCUUGCAAAAUGGUGUCCCGCCUGGCAGUUGAAGGCUCUUCUGAUGCUUCAAAAGUAUCUACUCUUUACUCUGCUGUGACAAAGAUCAGCAAUGGAAUGAUGCCCUUAGAGACUCUAUUUGAACCAUUAUUUGAUCUUUGCAGGGUGGAAAAUAAUGUUAUUGCUCAUAGAUCUCUCCAUAUACUCCAUGUCCUGUUGAAGCACCUCUUAACUUUUGAAAGGAAAUCUGAAGGAAGGACAUUGUUGAUGCGAGAGGUGCUGAUAUUACUGAACAGACUUGUAUCAAACUCUUUGUACUCUGCGACUUUCUUGCGAGCUUUAACUCUCAACAGAGACAUGGCCAGUUUAACCAUUGAUUUAGCAACCAGGUUAUCCAAGAGAGAGCACAAUCCGGGGUGGUCUGACAGCAUGUUUAAGCAGAUGAGAGAAUCUGAAAUUGUGGACUUGGGUCGAGUUUUCAAGAAAAGGGUUUUUGCUUAUUUGGGAGAUAACGUACACUAGGGCACUAGCACAUGGCAAAAGAAUGAUCUGUAAAUUUUGUUCAUAUAGCUCCCGUCUGUACUCUGGCAAUGGUAAGUGUACAAGAUAAGGAGAUGUUUCAUAGUAAAUGAGUUGUAACCUUGUUGGGGUUAGGCCUUAUUUUGUUCGAAUUUUUCCAAGGCACCGUGCCCCUUAGCCAGAAAUUUUUGGUAACUCACAACUUCGUUUCAACACGAGCGACUUUAUAACCCAGAUGCCUUAUUCUCAAGUAAUGCAGAAACCUUUUCUUUGUCAUAGCAUAAUUUCUCCUACAAUCUUGCAUGUUCCUUGUAUGAAUUUUUCUUUUCAUCGUAAUAAUGGAAACUGCUGCUU